AAAGUGCUGCAGCUAGCUAAAGAACGCGAGGAAGAACGCAUACAUGGCGUCUGCUUCAGGUUGUAUGGCUCCAGGAAAUUCAACCAUUAGAUCCAUGCAAGGCAGCUUGAAAAUGUACAAAAAGAGAAAAUGGAAAACUUACUUUUUCAAAGUAACAGGAUCAACUUACUUUCAUUACUUUCCACAAAGCAACCAUAACAAAGCAAAAAAAGAAGUGUUCCUAACAAAAGUCAAAGGUGUCACUAUUCCUCUUUCUCCUCCAAAAGGAGGUGAGUAUGUCUUUGAAGUGAGAUUUACUAAAGACAAGCCUUGGGUCCUUAGUGCCUUGACAAAUGAAGAGAGACACAAGUGGAUUGAGACUAUCUAUCCACAGUAUAAGCCACCAGAGAGCUUCGUACCAACAGAUCUUCCUGGUGACAAUGGUCGAGGUAGAGACUGCAGUAUACAAAGUUUGGUCUUGCAUACAAAGGCUGUGGUAGAUACAGUGCCCGUGUUUUAUAAAUACGAACGAAAAGCAAACACAGAUGUUGUGACCAAGUCCAGCGAGUUCAAUGAAGAGGAGCAAAAGAAAUAUAUUGAGUUAUCAAUGCAUAGUCAAGUGACUAAUGAUGAUCUUGACGCUGACAGUGAUGGCUAUUUUGUAAUGUCCAGCCCUCAAUUGUCUGAUUCGGUUGUGCAAACAUCAAUAAAGAACCAAAGAUCAACCAGUCUCAGUCAGCAAACUACAACUGUUGAGCAGCAUCACAUAAUUCCUAGUUCUUGCUUAUCAAACGAAACCAUCAUUGGACAAGGAAAUUUCGGUCAAGUGUGUGUAGCGGAUUACCUACCUCUGGUAGGGUCAAGCUCAAUCCAAGUUGCUGUAAAGAUGCUGUUUGAUAGAAAUUCACAGGACUCAGUUCUAAAAGAGUUCAAUGUGAUGGCAUCAACCAUGCACCCAAACAUUGUGAGACUCUAUGGGCUAGUAGUGGACUCAACUGCCAUGGGCCUUAGGAUUGUCAUGGAAUAUCUUCCAUAUGGAGAUCUUAAGACAUAUCUCAAGGUGUCAGCAAAAAAGCCAGUGAGGACACUGGUGAAGUACAUGAUUGAUGUAUCAAUGGGAAUGCACUACAUAGCACAGAAAGGACUCAUUCACAGGGAUUUAGCAGCCCGGAAUGUGCUAGUGGGAGAAAGAGAGACAUGCAAGAUAUCUGAUUUUAGUUUGAUAAAAGAGCUACCGGCAGACACCUCCACAUAUCAGAGCUUUACUUCAGUCCCUCUUCCCAUUAGGUGGAUGUCACCGGAAGCAUUGGUACACAAGGAAUUCUCUGAAGCAUCAGACAUCUGGUCUUACGGUGUACUGCAAUGGGAGAUGUUUAAUCCUGAUGAAACCCCAUAUCAAUCAAUGGAGGAUGCACAGGUUGUUAUGUACGUUAUGAAUGGGAAAAGGCUGUCUCCACCUCGUGAGUGUCCCUAUCAUAUUUCAACAAUAAUGGAGUCAUGCUGGGACUCUGACCCAAGGAAGAGGCCCUCCUUUCUUAAGCUCACUUCACUACUCACUCACACUAACAUGGCUUUUAAUUAAAACAAUAAUUAUUGAUAAUUUUGUAUGAUAUACAUGUACUUGCCCC